AUGGAUCUCUCUGCCAGCACUGCUCUUCUCUUGACUAUCUCCUGCUUCCUGUGGAAUAUAGAAUCUCGACCUCAAAGUCUACAGUAUUCUUCCCUGAUCAGUGUGCCGAAUGGGGGUGGAUGGGGUGAUUGGGGACCGAGCGAGUUUUGCGAUUAUGGCCUUGCUAAGGGCUUCUCCCUGAAGGUGGAAUAUGAGCAAACGGUAGGUGACAAUACAGCUUUGAAUGGAAUCCGCUUGUACUGCAACGAUGGCACAAUACUCGAGUCUAAAGUUGGACCGUGGGGAACCUGGACUCCAAAAAAAAUCUGCAUUGGUGGCUAUCUGGUUUCUUUUUCUCUGAGAGUGGAAGGACUUCGAAAACAUCUUGAUAAUUCAGCAGCUAACAACAUCUGGUUCAAGUGCAGUCAUAGCAAUAUGACCAUAAUGGGCAGUGGCCAUACACGGGGUAAAUUUGGCCCAUGGAGUGAGAGGUGCCCGUUAAAUGGUAUAUGUGGGAUGAGAACACGGGUGCAGGAUAAACAGGGAAUAAUAGGUGAUGACACAGGACUCAAUGAUGUGAUGUUUUUCUGCUGUUAA